AUGCGCCGAUACUCUACGGGAGAAGAGUUCUGGGACCGGAAGCCCAACCACAGGACGAUAGGUGUCAAUGACUUUGUCGGACGUCCUCUCACGAAGUUCAGCUCGACGCGUGAGUUGGUUUUGGCUAUCAGAGGUGCGAUGCGAGGUCAUAAACGGGUUUGGGAAGAGGCUCAGGUGUUGCACCGGGAUAUCAGCCUCGGCAGCAUUCUCAUCAAUUUGGACAAUCACGUAGACGACGACAGCGACGAUAUUGGACUCAUUCACGACUUCGACUACAGUUCCCUGGAGCCGGCUGGAGUGACUGGGAGUGCGGCACAGGACGUAUCAGACGGUAGGGCUGAGGCCACGCGACUCCCAGGACGCAUAGCGUCCUACUUCUUCAUGGCUGUGGACCUCAUCGACCCCGGGACCUCAUCGGUUACGCAUCGUCCUUACCAUGACCUAGAAUCGUUCUACUGGUUAAUUUUGUGGGUGGUCUUGCGGCAUACCCGCUGUGCCCUGCGCGCGAGGAUGACGCCCGGAAAGCAAGUCUGCGCAACACGCUUCAAGCAUUGUGACAGCUCUCCGCUUGGAUGGGCCAUGAAAUUUUCUUGGGCUCUCCCCAAGGGUGAUCUUGACGUCGCCGGCAAUGCCCCCCUCACAACGCUUAUGAAGAAGUUCAAAGCAUUAGUCUUCCAGCAAAACCUAGCCAUCAUGGAAGACAGCGAUGAAGUGGUUCUGACGCACUGCAGUGUUCUUCAAAUAUUCGACGACGUUCUCGAACUGGACGGUUGGCCAGAAAAGGAUUGGAUCCCAUGCAAUGUUGAGGAAGACCUCGACCCCCCCAGCCCGGGGCCUCUUACUGUCGGCGUUAUACCCCCCGGCUACCCCCCUAACAUGUCGGAGGCCCAACGAAACGCCAUGAUUCUCGCAGGGGAAGCAGCCGCGCGUGGUCACUUACCGCAGGACGCUCCUCGUGUCAUGUUUCUCACUUCUUCCGAUAGUAGGGAGCCUCGAAAUGCAUCGGGCUCCGGCUUGAAACGUCCGCUUGCGGAGGCCGACCAGUUUCUUGAUCCUUCCGAGGCCCCAAGCGCACCGAAGAAGUCGAAGAGCACCAUGGAAUCGUCCCUUCCUGCAGCUACGGCAAGCACCGAGUCGAGCUAG